AUGAUUGGCAGUAUAUUCUUCAUCUGCAACCGCAUUCUGGAGCUUGUCUUCCUGAUUCCGAUCAUCGGAAUGAUGGCAUACUUCGUCAAUGGCUACCUCAAUGCGAACCAAAUUACCCCUGCCUACAUUCUCGUUCUCUUCAUCGUCAGCGUCAUUGCAGCUUUCUGGUGCCUCGAUACCCUGAUCCGCUUUUCGACCACCAAGCGCUCCGCCAUGUUUGUCGCUUUCAUCGAUCUCCUCUUCUUCGGUGCUUUCAUUGCGGGUGUCUACGAGCUGCGUUUUAUUGCAGGAGCCAGUUGCUCUCAUUGGGAUGGUGGUUCGGUGUACAUUUCCUUGGGCCCCUUCGGAUACUACGGCUACAGGACCGAUAACCCGCUGUCCUUCCACAUUGACAAGACUUGCGCGAUGCUGAAGGCCAGCUUUGCACUGGGGAUCAUUGAAGUUGUCUUCUUCCUCUGGACGGCUAUUCUUGCUCUCGCUAUCUACAAGCGUCCGGAGGUUGUUGUCAAGGAGACCACUGUCCGUCGCAGGAGUCACAGCAGUCGACGUGGUCACCGGCGCCACAGCAGCUCGGGUCGGCGGCAGCAGUAUGUGGUAUAA